GUAGAAAGUCACGCAUGUGAACAUGUGAUGCGGUGAAUUGCAUUUAUUGCGCUGCUUAGUACAGUUGCAUGCCCCUACUUACCGCACACAACGCUUAUUAGAUAAGAUGAUCCUAAAUCAACUAGUGUCCGUGCUGAGAAGGCCACUGAGGCCCAGCAAUCGCAAGCGAUCUGAUAUAGUUACGAUGAAGUCUCUUGCCGCCAACAUCGCUACUCGUCAGCUUUUCAAAGAAAGUAGACUCUGUGUUCGCGAUUUCGCUGGGGAGAGGUUUGAGUGCAAUGUAGUCGGCGAGUUCUGGAAGCGCUUAGCUGCUGAAGUGAACGAGCGGCUUGUGCUGCUUGGCGAAAUUUUGGCGAAGCAGUGCAACUUUUACGUUGCUCACCGCAUGCGGCGAGCUAAUCAGAUAUGGAACUUAUACAGCCGGCUGUACACAGAGAAGUCACUUAGAACGCUAGUAUCCAAGUUCCUCGACAGGCUUCGAAGCAGGUCGCAAAAGCCCAUUGCCUUCCUUCUAAGUGCAGCGUUGUUCCAGUGGGAACACGAGCGGAUCACAGACAACGAGGUGAAAGGGUGCAUAGAUGAGUUUGAGAUUCUUUCUCAAAAGUGUGGCAAUACAAAUGGCAACUGCAGCGAGCCAAGCCUGCAACCGGACAUAUUCAAAGCACAUUUGGCUGAAGAAGGCUGGGAACCUGUAGUUGAAAAUAGCAAGAUGUUCUUGUGGAGACGUUGGACGCCAGAAACGUCUGGCUACGAGUAUAAAGUAUUUGGGACAUUCAAUGACAUCCCGGCUCGGGCAUUCUUCAGUGUUCAGACGGACACUGAGUACCGCAAGCGAUGGGAUAAACUUGUGAUCAAGCUGGACAUCAUCGACCGAGAUACAAGAGGUGGUUGCGAAGUAGUUCACUGGGUCAUGCAGUACCCUUUUCCCAUGUACAAGCGGGACUACGUGUACAUACGAAGAGCAUUCGUUGAUGAUCAACGCAAUGUUAUGGUGAUCAUGUCCAGGUCAACGGAUCACCCAGCUUGCCCCCCUAUCAAUGAGUGUGUCCGAGUGACCAAGUACACGUCACACAUGGUGAUCAGGCCGCACAGAAGCAUAGAUGAGGAUGGUUUUGACUUUUUGCUGUCGUACUACGAUGACCCCCGGUCCUCGUUUCCGGGGCCGAUUUACAGCUGGAUGGCAGCCUCGGGUGUGCCAGACUUCAUUGAGAAGCUGCACUGCGCAGCCAAGGACUUGCACCUCAAGAGCACAAAGACACCACAGUCAAACCUGAGUGGCCAGAACUCAUCAGUUCAGUGUGCCUAUGCUUGAGGAGGCCAUCUCCAUCAGAGGCGGGCCUCUCGCCUCAGUGGCAUGCACAUAAUUCAGUGCUGCUUGCAGUUAGGCAAUUCGACGUAUCUAUAUCUUUACUGGUGAGCUCAGCAUUAUGAAAUUGCAAGUAAUAUCCUUGCUGCUAAGGCAUGGGCACAGCCAAAAUUUUGUGAUGCACAGUAGAUAUGACUGGCUGAACUGUCAUAUCAUUUCUUUUUUUUUAACCAGUAAUGUUCAUUAUCAGGCCAGUGUGAUUUACCAAGCAUGUAUGUGGAUUUCAUUUACCGUUUGAAAGUAUGAUUUGCUGAUAAGAAGCUGAAUUAGUCGUUACAGUGUGAUAUCAUAUGAUCAUUUAGUACUUGUACGGGAGCCAGAUUUAGGCGGCCAUAAACAGUUUCCUCUUUGGUUUCUUCGUCGCAGAAAAUGGGUUCUCAUCUAGGUACGUGAUGGCAUAGGCCUGUGAAACUAAAUUAGACGUUAUGUGAUAUUUUAGAAGCUAAUAUGCGGGUACGAGAGUGAAUUUUGGACUACCGUAAACAGUGCAUGCUCAGCUGAGCUUUCUUGGCUGGCAGAAAAACCUUUUCUCGUCUGGCUAAGAUGUGACUUCAUCAUGGGCCUGUGUGAACCAGCCAAGGCAUACUGCCACAUAAACAUAGCCAUUUCAUAAUGAAGCACCUCUGUGAAAACUCUCCUUAACUUAACAAUGCACAAUAGUUUUUUUAUAUUUGCAGCAGUUGUUUCAUUAAUGGAAAAGAAGUAUUCAAUUAUAUAGCGUUCAGAUUUUGUAGAUGUUUCGCUCACUUGAAAGUUGGCUUCAUGUGGAGGUUUGUUCUACUUCGUUUUCCCCAAAUUACAUCUUCUCUAUUCAACCCUUUCAUUAUGUAGUUAUGCAUGAACAGCACCAAUAUUAUGGUAUUCUAAACACCAGCAGUACUAAAAGCUGUUUUGUGAAAACUUCAUUUUUGCAUUUGACCUAACCUCACAUAGGUGUGUUCAUGAAUAGCCAUUACAAGCCAAGGAAAUCAGCUAUAAUUCGCAAGACACUGGGACAUGCAUCAACUGUGCAAUAGCUGCCGGUGGGGAACAAAUAUUUCUUGCCCUUUUGUAGAUAGUUCCUCCAACCAUUUUGUGGUACUGAUUCUUGGCCACAUUGAGCAGACAUAAUGUUAAUUUUCCCAUCUGUGCUGAUAUUAGGACAGCAAGAGAGACAAAAUGGCUCUUGGAAGUUAGUUGAAACAUUUGCCAAGAAGAUUAUGGGACCUCUUACUUCAUCUGUUGUUCAUGUAAAAAUAAAGAUGUAGGGACUGAGAGAUUUUAUUAUUUGAAGGUUUGCAUAUAAGUUCACUAAAUUUGUUGCAGAAUUGAACAAAAGUUCUUUAAGUAAUCAGCUCAUCCUAGAACUUGUUUUUAAAGGACAGUGUGUUGUAUCUCAGUGGCUUUUGUUUAUACAUUGUUGGUUUGAAAAUUACGUUCUCUGAAGAGCAUCAGUAUAGGUGUAUGCAUUCACUUUCUGUGAGCAGCACUAUGAAAACAUUUUUUUUUAUCAUCGACUUGCAUAUAUUGAAGAUAAAUAUGUGUUACUUCUAUUACAGAUAAAUAUGAUAAGGUAAAUUGGCUCUGUUGUAACAUAACUAUAAGCUUUAACUAGUUAGUGCCAGUAGUCUGUAGAUUAUAUUAGUGAACAUUACAGUUCAAUGCGAAUGCAGAAAAUGUUAAAGUGUAAGUAAACUAAUCAGUUGCUCCUACUAUUUCAUUUGUUCAUAUCGAGAACUUUUCUUUGGAUUUGCAGUAAUGUCUGGAUUAUGUAUUGUGUUGGUUAUGGCCUAGCUUGUCUUAUUUCAUCUUGGAUUUCAUGUUUUAGAAGGGAUUACUGGGAGAAGGGGCAAAGGGACUAUAGUAGCUUUUAUCAGCUACACUGCAGCAAUGUGUCUACACGCAAUGGCAAUAUUUGAUGUUGCGCCAAAUCAUUAUUCUCAUAAUUGAAACAUUCUUGUUCUAAACAUGCGUUUAGUAAUUUUUUUAGGCAAGUUUUGUCUUUUCAAACCUUUUUGGUCCAGAAGCUCCAUGAUUCUGUCUUAAAAUGCAUUGAAGAA